GACUGCACUGUUGUGAAUCAUGGUGGUAUUGUCAACUGUCAACACAACAGUGAAAAACGGGAAAGGGAAACUGUUUCAAACUAACUGAGAAAAUCAGCAAAUUCUUUCACCGAAAUGACCACCGUGGUAUCGGAAACUAUCAUCUCUGGAGUAGUGUCGCGAAGGAAAUUACUCCAAGCUAGUGUGAGCUGCUUGUGUAGCGAGGCAGGCUUCAGUGCAGUAGAUGAAAUAUCACUAGAGACACUUACCGAGAUGAUGCAAAGCUUCAUCACUGAACUUGGACAUAGCAGCCAUCUUUACUGUGAAUUGUCUGGAAGGGUGGAACCGGUAGUAGGAGAUGUUGUUAUGGCCCUGGUUUCCAUGGGUGUUAAACAUAGCUCUCUGGAGUCUUAUGCACAGAGAUCAAGAAGAUUAGUUCUACCCACUCCAACUCAAGCUGUGGCCACAAAGCAAAUUGGAAUUCUACAAACUGGCCAGAAAAGACCCCAUCCCAGCCAUAUUCCAGAUCACUUACCAGCUUUUCCUGAUUCCCAUGCCUAUGUUCAAACACCAACACACAAGCAGCCCAUCACGGACUAUGAAACUAUUCGGGAAAAAGCUUCAUGCCAAAAACGAGAUGUGGAAAGGGCACUGACACGGUUCGUUGCCAAAACAGGGGAAACCCAAAGUUUUUUCCUGGUGGAAGAUUUGACGCAUUAUCCGCUAAUUGCUUGUAAGCCAAUGGAUAAACCGUUCUUGGCUGCCCUGCUACCUCGUGACCAGACGUUCGAAGAAGACGAGGCCGCAGUUCACAUGCAGAAACAAGAAGAAGCAAACGCAGAAGCCAUCAAGGCAGCCAAGUUAGAUCAAGAGAAAGAGAACAAUGAGUUGAUGGAUAACCUUGGACCAAAUGGCUCACUGAUGGAAAUGUCAAAUUCCGAGCCAUUCAUUAUGGAAAAUCCAUUUAUCAGACCUGUUAAAAUGCCUCUUUCGAAGAAGAAGAGCUCCCCAUGAAUAUGUUAAAUUUCAUUUAUUUUUCCUACUUUGCAUUCUGAUUGUCACUUUACUUUUUCCACAAGUGUGAAUAGGAAUUUUCAUCAAAAGUA